AGGGAGGGGAGCUUGCGGGCCAGAGAGGGGGCGACGGCAGCGGCGGCGGUGGUCUAAGGAAAACCGGGCGGCGGAGGCGGCGGCGGCGGCAGAGGCCGAGGCCGAGGCCGAGGAGGAGCCUGGAGAGGUGUGGCUGGACCAAGACCUCCCCAGAUGUGAGCACGUCCCCUCCUCCCCUCACCACCUGUUGCCAACACGCCAGGGAACGUCCUCAAGCCCUGGCCCUCAGGGGAAAGAUAACAAGAGCCCAGAGCCGAGACCAUGUGACGGCGCUGGCCCUUGCCACCGCCGUCACCCGCCCCCUGGCCCCAGGCCCGGCACCAUGAUGUUCCGAGACCAGGUGGGCAUCCUCGCUGGCUGGUUCAAGGGCUGGAAUGAAUGUGAGCAGACAGUGGCCCUGCUGUCCCUGCUGAAGCGAGUCACCCGUACCCAAGCCCGCUUCCUGCAGCUCUGCCUGGAGCACUCGCUCGCGGACUGCAGUGACAUCCACCUGCUGGAGUCAGAGGCCAACAGUGCUGCCAUCGUCAGCCAGUGGCAGCAGGAGUCCAAAGAGAAGGUGGUGUCUCUCCUGCUCUCCCACCUGCCUCUGCUUCAGCCUGGCAACACGGAGGCCAAGUCAGAGUACAUGCGGCUGCUGCAGAAAGUGCUGGCCUACUCCAUCGAGAGCAAUGUCUUCAUCGAGGAGAGCCGCCAGCUGCUCUCCUAUGCCCUCAUCCACCCGGCCACCACACUGGAGGACCGCAACGCACUGGCCCUCUGGCUGAGCCACCUGGAAGAGCGGCUGGCUAGUGGCUUCCGCCCCCGACCAGAGCCCACAUACCACUCACGUCAGGGCUCAGAUGAAUGGGGGGGACCUGCAGAGCUGGGCCCAGGAGAGGUAGGGCCAGGUUGGCAGGACAAGCCACCUCGGGAAAAUGGACACGUACCUUUCCACCCAUCCAGUUCCGUGCCGCCAGCCAUCAACAGUAUUGGGAGCAGCGCCAACACAGGUCUCUCCUGCCAAAUCCACCCCAGCCCGCUGAAGCGCUCCAUGUCACUCAUCCCUACAAGCCCCCAGGCCCCUGGUGAGUGGCCGAGUCCGGAGGAGCUUGGGGCCCGGGCUGCUUUCUCCACGCCCGACCACGCCCCCCUCUCGCCCCAGAGCAGCGUGGCCUCCUCUGGCAGUGAGCAGACAGAGGAGCAGGGCUCUAGUCGGAACACUUUCCAAGAGGAUGGCAGCGGCAUGAAAGAUGUGCCCUCAUGGCUCAAGAGCCUUCGCUUGCACAAGUAUGCAGCCCUGUUCUCUCAGAUGAGCUACGAGGAGAUGAUGACCUUGACCGAGCAGCACCUGGAGUCGCAGAAUGUCACCAAAGGGGCCCGUCACAAGAUAGCUCUAAGCAUCCAGAAGCUUCGUGAGAGGCAGAGUGUCCUCAAGUCCCUGGAGAAGGAUGUGCUGGAAGGUGGGAACCUACGGAGCGCUCUGCAGGAGCUGCAGCAGAUCAUCAUCACCCCCAUCAAGGCCUACAGCAUCCUACAGGCCACUGUGGCCACCGCUGCCACCACCCCUACUGCCAAGGAUGGGGGCCACGGAGACCCACUGCUGCCAGGGGUUGAGCCUCCUCUUGCCCACACCGGCACAGACAAGGGCACUGAGGCCAAGGACCUGCCAGCUGCGGACAGCUACCCCCCUCCACCAGCUCCAGCUCCCACCGAUGGCAGUGAGCCAGCCCCUGCUCCUGUCGCCGACGGGGACAUCCCCAGCCAGUUUACACGGGUGAUGGGCAAAGUGUGCACCCAGCUGUUGGUGUCCCGACCAGAUGAGGAAAACAUCACCAGUUACCUCCAGCUCAUCGAAAAGUGCCUGACUCAUGAGGCUUUCACAGAGACGCAGAAGAAACGGCUGCUGUCCUGGAAGCAGCAAGUGCUGAAGCUCCUGCGAACGUUCCCGCGCAAGGCCGCCUUGGACAUGCAGAACUACCGGCAGCAGAAGGGCUGGGCGUUCGGCUCCAACUCGCUCCCCAUAGCUGGCUCUGUGGGGAUGGGGGUGGCCCGACGUACCCAGCGGCAGUUCCCCAUGCCUCCUCGCGCCCUCCCGCCUGGCAGGAUGGGCCUUCUGAGCCCCUCGGGCAUUGGGGGCGUCUCCCCUCGACAUGCCCUCACCAGCCCCAGCCUCGGGGGCCAGGGCCGACAGAACCUGUGGUUUGCCAACCCUGGAGGCAGCAACAGCAUGCCCAGCCAGAGCCGCAGCUCUGUGCAGCGCACCCACUCACUCCCGGUCCACUCAUCACCCCAGGCCAUCCUCAUGUUCCCUCCAGACUGCCCAGUCCCUGGGCCUGACCUGGAGAUCAAUCCCACCCUGGAGUCUCUGUGUCUGAGCAUGACAGAACACGCCUUGGGUGAUGGGACAGACAAAACCUCCACCAUCUGACAGGACCCUCAGCCCAGCGCACCCAUAGGCUCCCUGGGCGGCGGGCGGGGCCAACCCCCAGCCGCCUCCUGGGCAGGGAGAGGGUGGGCUGGCUCAGCUACUCGUUCUAAUAUUUUUCUACUCUCACCCUCUUAACUUUUGUUUAACAUUGGCACACGCCUUGCUCACUCCCAGGCCCGUUGAGAGACUUUGCUGAGGCCGGGGAACAGAGGGGGUGGCCAGGAUAGAGGGGGCAAGGACCAGCCAGACUGCCUGCCCCUCCCCUUCCCUCUCCUUCCCUCCCUUCCCUCCUGCAUUCCAUCCUGCCCAGCCCCACCCCUGCCUCCUCCAGACUGCCGAGUGCUGCCCCUGCAGUGGGGCAGGCUCCCUGAUGAGACUGACUGCCACCUUGUGGAUCUGCUCGGAACCUCACCAUGGGGGAGGGCGAGCCAGCCAGGAAGUCACUAGAGGAGCUGGGGAGAAAAGGAGGGCCAGGAGUAGAGUCUCUCUCUCCUCCCCAAUGCCUUCCCCUCCGACAUUCCCCCCAGGACAGGAGCCGCCUUCUCACCUCUCACCGUGUUUGUCAGAGGUUCUCUACAAUUAAUUUCUUAGGCCUAUUUAAGAUGCAUAUUUAUAUAGUUCUUAAUGGUUUUUCUCUCUGAUCAUUCCCUAUCAUUUUUAGAAUCCCCAGGCCUCUCUCUGAGCCAAGACAGUGGCAGGGGGAGCCUGAACUUUAAGGGGAGAGGGCAGCGCCCCCUCCUCUGGACCCCCUCGCCCUCCUUACUCCCCAGCCCUGGCUCCCAGAUGCGGAGGAUGAAGGUGGGCAGCCAGGCAGCGGGGAGGCUGGAAGUCUGUUGCCUUAAUGUCCCCUUCCCCCACCAACAUGCUGUCUCCGCUCCUGGGUCUGGUGGCAUAGGACUUGGAGGUCAGGAACACAGGAAAGGGGAUUGUUUUUCUGUUUGUUUUUCUCCCUGUCCCCCUUUCUUUCAGCCUCCCCCCCCCCCAUUGUCAUGACCUCAUGUAAGCGGAACACUAUAUCCAAACCCAGAGGUGCAUCCCAGCUGAGUCACACAGACCCUCCAGUCCCAGCUCCUGAGGAGGGCUUGUGCUGGGGCCCAGGUGGAGGGAGGGGGGUGGGGGUUCAGACAGUGGGGAAGCCAAGUCCCCCUAUUUUAACCUCCUCUCCCCUCUCAACCCACCCCCACUCACUGGGACAUUCUCAAGCUUUUCACACCGAAAAGGAAAAAAAUGUUAUUUUUAGAUACAUUUUAUGAAUAACUUUUGUUAUGAAUAUGGCUGGUAACCAUUGUGUAUGUUAUUAAAGAUACAAAAUGUUGGGGAAAAAAA